AUGCAUUUGAUUCGGUUAUUUUUCAAAAGAAUUUUGGACGAUUUCCGACAAAAAAAACUGAUACCCCUUAAAAUACUAUGCUUCGUACAUGCCUCAACGCAAUUGGUUUUAUAUCCCUACUUAACAAUACACAUGCGAGAAUUGGGUAUAAAUGUGGAAGAAACUGCUGUGAUGUCUUCUCUAACUCCGCUUUUUUUGAUAAUGAUACCGCCACUCGCCGGAUUGUUUGCCGAUAAAAUUGGUAACUUUAGGUUAUUACUGGCUCUUACAUCAUCUAUGGGUGGCUUAUCAGCGUUGCUGCUACUUCUUGUGCCCGUUGGUAGAUAUACCAUAACAUAUCCACCCGCGGUAGAACUUAUAGCCUCGUGCGACAGUGCUGUUCUGCAUCUUCAAGAUGUUAGACAAUAUUCUUGUCAUCCUAUACAUCCAUAUGAACAUGAUACUAAUUUGACGUUACAAUCAUGUGGAUUUGUUUGCCAAUCUCUAAACGUAUCGAAAGAUAUGCAUGUUGUACUUAAAAGUAAAUCUUAUAAUGUUAAUUUAAAGUCUUUGACACGAUCACAGCGGCUUAUAUAUCGAAACGUCAUAAAUCCAAUAUCUGAAGAUUUUGAUUCAAAAGAUAGAAAAAGAGUUCGUAUCCUGACAAACAAUCCAAAUUUUAAUUCAACCAUAACGCAAGUGUCCGAUAGUAAAAUUUAUUUUCCUACACCGCAAUUGUAUACUAUGAAUUGUAAUGAUAUAAAUAACAUCACAUGUUUGUUCGGAAACUUUGAUUUAAUUUCGGAAUUAGAAAAGGACAUACAUGAAGAUUAUCGUGCAAGAAUAGCACGGCGUAUAGAAGAUGAUGUGGAUGAAUCACCAGUGUAUUCGAUUAAUGCCAUACAAAGUAGAAAUAAACCCUUUAAAGAUUUUGAAGGAGAUGAUAGUACAACGUGUAUCGAUAGGUUCAAGGAAGCUGAAAACGAUGUUGAAGUCAUGGUUCAAGUUGGAUAUAAAGAAUUUUCUAAAUGUUACUCGGCUUGUGCCAUGACAACACCCCGGGCAAGUCUCUGUGAAAAUAGUCAACAACAAAUUGAUAUAGAUCCUUCUUUUACUUUCUGGAGUUAUAUGGCUCUUCGAGUGCUUAUUGGUAUUAUUGGUGGAACAUCGUUUGCGUUGUUUGAAGGUGCUGUAAUAGCCAUAAUAAGAGAGCAGGAAGCCGACUAUGGAAUGCAGAAAGUCUAUGGAAGUGUUGGAGGCAUUAUUUCUUCACCUAUUUCGGGGUUGUUCAUUGACUAUGCUAGUAGAGGGAAAGGAUAUACAGAUUUCAGGCCUGCCUUUUAUAUGUAUGCAGUGUUGAAGGUAAUGUCUGGGAUCCUAGUGUUAGGCCUAGACCUUGAGUUCAAAAAACCUGCAAAAACCUUGGUAAAAGAUGUUAUCACGGUAUUUAAAAACUUCGAAAUCGUCGCUCUUCUCAUCGUUUGUAUUGUAAUGGGCACUGCCUGGGGAUAUCUCGAAAGCUUCCUAUUCUGGUUCCUACAAGACCUGGGAGCGUCGCAAUCGCUCAUGGGCAUUACUAUCACAGUGGGUGGGAUCGCUGGCUUACCUCUCUUAGUAUUAUCAGGCCCUAUCAUUAAAAAAAUAGGACAUUCAAAUGUACUUUUCAUCGGAUUCAUCUUCUACGCCAUUCGUCUUUUUGGUUAUUCGUUCAUAUACAACCCGUGGCUGAGUUUAAUAUUUGAAGCGAUGGAAUCGGUGACUUUGUCGUUGUCGUUCACUGCGGCAGUCACGUACGCGGCACUCCUUUCAUCAACUACCACCGAUUCUUCCGUACAAGGAUUACUGGGAGGACUCUACUAUGGCGUUGGUAAAGGUGCCGGAAGUCUUAUCGGUGGUUAUUUGAUGAAGUUCUUUGGUACUCGAUUGACAUAUCGACUAUUUGCAGCCGCUACGUUGGUCACUGGCUUAUUUUACUUCGUUUUCAAUAGAUUUUGUAUAAGGAAGUUUGUGAAAUGUAGAGAAAACGACACCUCUGCUAAAAAUAAUGCAAAUGUAGAGUCGUGUGAGACUUCACAUAUAAAAGCUAACAUAGAUGUCGCUGCAGACAAAAUGUCGAGUGAAAUGACUGGCUUGGAUCGUUUGAAAUUAGUAAAGGAUACAACAGAUGGCGGCAGUGACUCUGGUGUAGAAAACCCAGCGUAUUUAGAUAAUGAAUUAUGCAAAGAUGACACAAAGAAAAUACAAGAAAAGCGCUUAACCUAA